CAUGGCGAAACGUCAGACACGACGGACAGACAGACAGCCAGCCAGCUGAUGAUUGCAUUUGUCAUGCCACUCUUGAAACUUCUUAAUUCUUGACAACUGUGUUACCGCCAUAAAACUUUUGUAUAGGAAAGUAUCAAGCAUUCUGUUAAGUUUUCCCUGUGAAAAUUUCAAAACAUGACUGACGACUCUGCACUCAAGUAUUCUCCCUUUUCAUCUCAUGUUGAUCCUAGCUUUUGGCACAAGCUCUCUCAAAUUAAACUGGAUAUUGACAAGUUAGAUGAGAAAGUGCACCCUGUGUGGGGCUCUUAUACGAAUGUCAACACAGUUGGCUUGCCGUCUCUUCAUGUGGACUGCACCUCUUACAACAGUAAAUUUGAAGAACUGCGUUAUCAACUUCCUGCAUUUGGAUGUCAGCUAAAUCUGAAUACCCUUGAAUCCUACAAGAGUUCUGAUAAGACAAUUCUGUUGGAGAAACAGGGUGCAAGCUUGUGGGCGGACAUAGCCAAUGGCUCUGUCUUGAAAAACCCUGCAUUACUGUCUCGUUUCUUCUUACUCACCUUCGGUGACUUGAAGAAGUACACCUUUUAUUAUUGGUUUGCCUUUUUGGCUCCAAGUACACCCAAUGUUCAGAUAAUUAAACCUCCUGCACUGAUAAGCACAAUUUUCUCAUCAGCUCAGGUGGAAAGCUUGCAGUCUGAAUGGAGCAAUAUAGUUGAUGUCUAUCAACGUAGCUAUUUCAUUGUCAAAAUCCAAGGAGACCAAGCUAAAAUUUUUCCUUUAUCAGACAUUGUUUCUAUCUUCAAAGCACAGUGUGAGGAGCAGUGGGCUGAAUUUUACCUAGCAUUUGCAGAUCCUUGUUCUUCAGGGGAUGCUCCUGGAUGGCCUUUACGGAACCUUUUAUGUGUUCUUGCUCAUUAUUGCCCUCAUGUUGUGGGGAAGAAAAUAAAUGUGCUCAGCUUGAGACUUGUUUUGAAAUCUCAUGGACAGGUCAAUGCUGCUGAUAAAAGUUUGCUCAUGUCUGUGCAGCUUCUUCCCCAUAAUGAGACAGAAUUAAAAUGGGUUGGUUGGGAGCGUAAUAAUCGGGGCAAAUUUGGUCCUCGAUUUGUUGAUGUUAGUGGAGAUAUGGACCCCAAAAAGCGAGCAGAAAGUGCUGUUCACCUCAAUUUGAAACUUAUGAAGUGGCGCUUGUUGCCUGAAAUGGAUUUAGACACUGUGCAGAAUACUCGAUGCCUCCUCAUGGGAGCAGGAACUCUUGGCUGUACUGUUGCCAGGCUCCUUAUGGGAUGGGGAGUUCAGCACAUCACCUUUGUUGACAAUGGGACAGUAUCCUUUUCCAACCCAGUGCGGCAAUCACUUUUUACAUUUGAAGACUGUCUCAGUGGGGGACGACCCAAAGCUGAAGCUGCUGCUGAAGCUCUGAAGCUGAUUUUUCCAGGUGUGAUCACCUCAGGUGUCACUUUGAACAUUCCAAUGCCAGGCCACCCCGUGGGUGAUUCUAUGUUGAAAGAAACCCAGGAUGCUGUAGCCACAUUAGAAAAACUAGUUGAAGAUCACGAUGUGGUAUUCAUGUUAACAGAUUCAAGGGAAAGUCGUUGGCUUCCUACACUUCUUGCUGGUGCCAAAAAGAAGCUUGCUAUGAAUGCUGCUCUUGGCUUUGAUACUUAUCUUGUGAUGAGGCAUGGUGUCUUCUGUGAUGAUGAAACCCCUCCGGAUUUCAAUGCCCGCAGUAUUCCAGGAAGGCAUUUGGGCUGCUACUUUUGUAAUGAUGUCACGGCUCCAGGGAAUUCCAUGGCUGACCGUACAUUGGACCAGCAAUGCACAGUUACGAGACCAGGGGUCUCCGCAGUGGCAGGUGCUCUAGUUGUGGAGCUUAUGGUCUCUGUUCUCCAACACCCUUCUAAGGGAGAUGCACCUGCUGUUCUACAUAAGAGUACAGGAAAGGAGGACCAAGAAAGUGUUGGUUGUUUAUUGGGCACUGUGCCCCAUUCUAUCAGAGGAUUCCUAGCAUCUUGGGAUCAGCUGACACCUGCCACUCACAGAUUCUCAAACUGCAUAGCUUGUUCUGAGAAGGUUCUGAAAGAGUACGCAUCAAGAGGAUUUGACUUCAUUCGGGAUGUACUGAACUCUGCUGUCUAUCUGGAGGAUUUGACUGGUCUCACAUCAUUACAUAAAGAAACUGAAAAUGCAGAUGUGUGGGAGUUUAGUGACUCCGAAGAAGAGGAAAACAAUUCUGAGUAAACCGGCCCCCGCUGUCUCUUUUAAUUUCUAACUCUUCAAUACUCUUCAAUAUGAGUCCGAAGACAAAAAAUCAUCUUUGCCAAACUGCUCCUCUUCAGAGUCCUUGGACCCCACUCCUCUUGUCCUGUCAUCAUUUCCUUUUUAUUUUGAAUGCCUACUUUUUUUCUGAUUAUUAUGGAAAAAAUUAUGAAUAAAAUAAUCGUUGAGUUA